AUGAUUAUAUUACUUCUUAACGAUUAACAUGAUUAUAGGGUUUAUGAAUUAACUUGAAUUAUAACAUUAACUUCUUACCAAACAAAUCGAUCUAGAAUAGCAACAUAGUUUUUCUUCUCCAAGAAAUUCAAUAAAAGUUUUGAAACUUGAAAAUACUCAAAAUACAAAACAUUGAUCCCCACUUUUUCAGCAAAAAGUCUGAUUCUUUCACCCCUCGCAUCACAUGCACCUGCACUGCCACAGUAUCUGCCAUUGCUAGAAACAGAACAAAACAACCUUCUAUCUAUAACAACUAGUAUAACACAAAACUUCACCUUUCUCUUUCUCUCUCACUUUAUUCAUUCAUUCAUUCAAUUAUCAGAGCGACACAUUUAGACACUUAUUCAGUCCCUCCUCUGUCACAACCAUGGCAUAUGCCUAAUACCCCCUUCAUAUUUAUUACAUUUUACCAUUUUGCCACUUAUCUAUUCAAUGCAGUAACACCUUGGUUACCUACCACUACCAUUCAUUCAAACUUUGAGUUUUUCCAUGACCCAUUUUCUACUCCACCACUUCCUUCAACGUGUUUUUUCUUUGUCACUUUCUAAGCUUUUGUCUCAGUUUUUAGUUUGUUUAUGUUUUCCUAAACUCAACUUUGUCGUUUAUCAUUGUUUUUUUUUUGUUUUUUUUUUUAAUAUUUUUAUAAUUAAAAUUUGAACUCAAGAUUCUCUCUUCUUCCCUCAUUAUUUUGUUUUUUUAAUGCUGACACAAAUGAAACAGUACAUUUUUCUGUUGAGGUUGGUUUGUGUUUGUGCUGUUAAUUUCUAGUGGUUUGUGAUGGAUGGUAGAAGACAUUCUGUUGAUGUGCCUAUUUCUAAGACUCUUGUGGCAUUAAGGAGAGUAAGGUCAUUAAGGGAUCCUUCAACAAAUGGUAUUAGUAAUCUUUCUCCUUUGAUUGAUAAUGAGCAUUGGGAAAAUGGAAUUUCUUUGAGGUUUGUUAAUGCUACUUAUGCAUGUGAUUCUGAUGAUAAUGGUUAUUUAAGGUCAAAAGGUUUAGAUUUUAAGGGUCAUAGAGAACAUGGUACUACUACUACUAGUACUAAGUUUGAAAAGAAUUGUUACUGUGAGGAACAUCAACAAAAUGAUGAAUUAGUUUACUCUAAGAAUCCUAAUCAGCAGGGUGUUUUUGGGAAUAAAUCACCGAACGAAAGCUGUUGUAGUAACCAUGAAGCUAUAGGAUUGGAUUUGGCUUCUGUUAUUCCUUAUAGUAAUCAUUUGAAGGAUGAGGAAUCGUGCUAUUUGUCGACUGCAUUGUCAUCGAAAUUAGGGAGAAUGGAUUAUACAAAGUCGACUAGAAAGUUUAUGCGGAAGAAUCAAGUGAAACCGUUUGAAUUGAUGCGUGAUAAUGGAAGUAGUGUUGAGAGUCCAUGUCUUAGUGCAUCAACACAUACACCUCAAGAUGUUGAUGUUUUAGUUGAUAAUAAUGGAUGUGGAAUAAGCUGUUGUUGGUCGAAAUCACCGAGGUUUAAAGAGUCGAAUUAUUAUUCUGAAAUGGAAGAUCUUCCGUUGAUGUUGCAGCACGGUAAUGAGACGGAUCUUCGUGGACAUAAAAGCAUGAGACAUAUUGGUGGUGAGAUUAGUCCAACAUUGGAAACUCCUAGAAGUUUGUCUAUAAAAUUCAAGCCAAAAUCUUUUGAUGAUUUGGUUGGACAAAAUGUGGUUGGAAAGUCUCUUUUGGGUGCCAUCUAUAGAGGAAGGAUAGCAUCAUUUUAUCUCUUCCAUGGUCCGCGUGGCACGGGAAAGACAUCUGCAUCAAGGAUAUUUGCUGCUGCGCUGAAUUGCCUCUCGUACGAGGAGAAAAAGCCGUGUGGUUGUUGUAGAGAAUGUGUUUUGUUCUUUUCUGGAAGAAGUAAAGAUGUUAAGGAAGUUGACUCUUUGAGAAUCAACCGUUCGGACAAGGCUAAAUCUCUUGUUAAGAAUGCAUGCUCAACAACUCCAGUGUCGUCGCGUUUUAAGGUGUUCAUUAUUGAUGAGUGCCAGUUAUUGAAUAAGGAAACAUGGGUGACUCUUUUGAAUAGCUUAGGGAGUGUUUCUCAACAUGUGGUUUUUGUGAUGAUUACUCCUGAUUUGGAUAAGCUUCCACGAAGUGCGGUUUCUCGAGCUCAGAGGUAUCACUUUGCAAAGAUUAAAGAUGCCGACAUUGCAAACAGAUUGAAAAGAAUUUGUGCUGAGGAGGGUCUUGAAUCUGAACAAGAUGCUUUGGACUUUAUUUCUGCUAAAUCAUGUGGUUCUCUUAGGGAUGCAGAAAUGAUGCUUGACCAACUAAGUUUGCUUGGUAAAAAAAUCACAAUUUCCUUAGUCUACGAACUCACUGGAGUAAUUUCUGAUGAUGAAUUGCUUGAUUUGCUGGACCUGUCUUUUUCAUCCGACACUUCAAAUACGGUUAUAAGAGCUCGGGAGCUGUUGAGAUCAAGGAUAGAUCCUUUACAACUUAUAUCUCAGCUGGCGAAUCUUAUUAUGGACAUUCUUGCAGGGAAAUGUGAACUAAGCGGUUCUGAAAUCAGAAGAAGAUUUUCUGAUAAACAUAUUUCGGAAGCAAGCAUGCAUAAACUUAGUCAUGCAUUAAGAAUACUUUCUGAAGCGGAGAAGCAAUUGAGAAUUUCUAAGAAUCAAACAACAUGGUUCACUGCAGCUCUUCUACAGUUAAGCUCUAUAGAAUAUUCAUCUGUUGAUGCUAAUGAUGCCAAGUUGUGUUUGACAGCUGCAUCCAAUAGAGAUGGUGAUUUAUGCAGUACAUCAUCAACAGGUGAAACUUUGAAGCGUCUCGCUACAGGUAAGUGUGAUGAGAAGUCAUAUAAAAUAGAGGUUCCGGAGGAUGACAAAGCGACAUUGGAUUCUAUAUGGUAUAAAGCUACUGAGAUAUGUCAAUCUAGAAGGCUCAAGGCUUUUCUUAGGAAGCAAGGGAAGUUAUCUUCAGUUUGUAUUAAUCAAGGUCUUGCGGUUGUGGAGUUGGAGUUCCGCCACCGUGUCUACGUAGCUAGAGCUGAGAAAUCAUGGAAACAAAUUGCAAGUUCUCUACAGGUCAUAUUGGGCUGUAACAUUGAGCUCAGAAUCAAUCAUGUACCAUGUACUUCAGAUUCAAAGUAUGCUAAAUUGAAGAGGUCAUCCUUCAAUUUCUUUAAUUGUUCGCGCAGAAUUCUUCGGAAAUCACUAUCAUCCGAUGAACAUGGAUGUGAAUCAGACUAUGCUGAUUGCACUUCUCAAAAGCCUAUGAUGAUAGACCGAACUCUAUCUCGCUCCUCUGAUUGCGGAUCUCGUGCGCCACCUCUUGAGUCCUACAAUGGAAUGGAAGUUGUAACAACUCUUAGAAGCUGUGAAGGGAAUUUACUAAGCUCAGGUAAGAUAUUUCUGAAUAGGAUAGAUCAAGAGACACCAAGGAUUUCGUUUUCUAGAAAUGAUUCUGUCAAGGAAGAAGGGUGCAAUCAUGAAGAUCUCGCUUCAUCAACUUUUGAUUUAGAUAAUAACCGUUCUAACUGUUUUCCUCGAACGCUUUGGCUUCGUAGAAAAUUUGCAUCUUCAUAUGCGUCAAAACAAAAGGAGUUUUGUUUUACCAAUCCACAAGUACAAAUGUACUGAGACUUUUAGUUAUGAUAAGGAGCCUUGUGUUUUUACUUAACCAUAACUCUUAACAGCUGAACCAAAGAGUGUGAGGAAAUGUAGGUUUCUUUCGCAUUUUGAUCAAUUAUUAUCUUAGUCUUAGGCUAUAAUUUAUGUCAAACAUAAUAUUUCAAGGGCCACCUUUUAUUCUGUUAAUUUUUUAUUUUUUUGAGAUUACAGUUGUACAGUACUACUUUCUCCGGUCACUAUUAUAAGCAGGAAUCGACUUUUCAGUUUCAUUGAACAACUGAUGUAUCUAAUCUUAAUUGGUUAAGCUGGAGUGCUCUUUUAUCCAUGCAAUAUGAGGGAAUUUGUUUGGCAUGCUAGAAUCGUGCCACUUUUGCAAGGAAUCUUAUUCUUACAUUAUUGUAAACUAUAACAGCUUUUUUCAAA